UGCUUUCUUAAAAGAAAAAGUGAAAUUAUUAUUCCUUCAUUGAUUUUUCUAACUAAAAAAGGAGUGGUGUAGAUACAAAUUUGGGGGCGUGAAUAGUCACAUGCUAGCAACGUAUCAUAGUUCCCUGCCAUUUCUUUCAUUCUGCACAAUUCAUUUCUAAAGACGCGUUCUUCUCUAACUUCAUUCAUUCAUCACCAUAACCUAAUUUCUCUGCUUUAUCGAUCCUUCUCAACACAGGUUUUAGUUCGAUUGCGAUGGCUAGAAAGAUGCUUAACGAUGGCGAACCUGAUUUGAAGAUAGGUGAAGAAGAAGGGAAGGAUUAUGACUUUGAUUUGUUUAUUAUUGGAGCUGGUAGUGGCGGUGUUCGUGCUGCUAGAUUUUCAUCUAAUUUUGGAGCGAAGGUUGGGAUUUGUGAGCUUCCUUUUCAUCCUAUUAGCUCGGAAACAAUUGGAGGAGUCGGGGGCACGUGUGUUAUUCGUGGUUGUGUUCCCAAAAAGAUUUUGGUCUAUGGAGCUACUUAUGGAGGUGACCUUGAGGAUGCUAGAAAUUUUGGAUGGGAAUUGAAUGAGAAUGUUGACUUCAAUUGGAAGAAGCUCUUGCAAAAGAAGACAGAUGAAAUAAACAGAUUAAAUGGAAUUUACAAGCGGUUGUUAUCCAAUGCUGGGGUAAAACUAUUUGAAGGCGAGGGAAAGAUAGCUAGUCCAAAUGAAGUUGAGGUGACACAAUUGGAUGGCACUAAGUUGUCCUAUUCAGCAAAGCAUAUUUUGAUUGCAACUGGCAGCAGGGCUCAGCGUCCUAAUAUUCCUGGCCAGGAGUUGGGUAUAACAUCUGAUGAGGCACUAAGUUUAGAGGAGUUUCCUAAACGUGCUGUGAUUCUUGGAGCAGGUUAUAUUGCAGUUGAGUUUGCAUCUAUAUGGCGUGGGAUGGGUUCCAAUGUCAAUCUCGUUUUUAGAAAGGAACUUCCAUUAAGAGGGUUUGAUGACGAAAUGAGAGCUGUAGUUGCCAGAAACCUUGAAGGCAGGGGAAUUAAUUUGCAUCCAAGGACAAAUUUGUCACAGUUGAUCAAAACAGAGGAUGGCAUUAAAGUUAUUACAGACCAUGGUGAGGAGUUGAUUGCGGAUGUUGUGCUAUUUGCCACUGGUAGGGCUCCUAAUUCUAAGAGGUUAAAUUUAGAAAAAGUGGGUGUAGAGUUUGAUAAGGCAGGAGCAAUAGUGGUAAAUGAGUAUUCACGCACCAACAUCCCUAGCAUAUGGGCUGUGGGUGAUGUAACCAACCGAUUAAAUCUUACCCCGGUGGCCUUGAUGGAAGCAUCACUUUUUGCAAAAACAGUAUUUGGUGGGCAACCAAGCAAGCCAGACUAUGAUGCUAUUCCAUAUGCAGUGUUUAGCAUUCCACCACUUUCAGUAGUUGGUCUAAGUGAGGAGCAGGCAAUAGAGCAAACAAAUGGUGAUGUAUUGAUUUUCACAUCAACCUUCAAUCCUAUGAAAAAUACAAUUUCUGGGCGGCAAGAAAAAACUGUUAUGAAGCUUGUUGUCGAUGCUCAGACCGAUAAAGUUCUUGGAGCAUCUAUGUGUGGGCCUGAUGCACCUGAAAUUCUUCAGGGUAUUGCUAUCGGAAUUAAGUGUGGAGCUACGAAAGCGCAGUUUGAUAGCACCGUGGGAAUACACCCAUCGUCGGCAGAAGAAUUUGUGACCAUGCGCACAGAGACAAGGCGUGUUACCGGUGGUGUGAAGCCAAAUUUGUAAACAUGUUUCGAUUAGUUAAUUAAAUAAAAAUAAGAUCAAAUCAUAUUGGUCAGGAAUUACGCACAUGUUUCUUUUCUUGGGCAUAGCCCCUUCGAUUUUGUAAAAUACUAGUAAUCUAAAUAUAAACUAUGUUGUUAGUAGUGUGGCUGCUAUACUAGAACAACAGAAGAGUAUUCUUGAAAACUUUGUAAUGAAGAUGUUAGCUCAUUCUCCCA